UUCUUUCCAAUUCAAGAUGGCAGCGUCUAUCAGGAAGUGAGAAAAAACAACCCAUAGAAGAAUUAACAUUAAAAUCCCCGUUUUGGUUGAAUAAUAACAUAAAUACAGCGGAAGACGUCUGUUGAAGUCGACCAGGGGUAAAGAAAGUCACAUUUCUUCGCGGUCAUGGGCAGAGCGCGGUGGCAGUAGGCCUGUUGUUUGACGAGCUGCGCGGGCCAGGCGCCAUGUGUGGGCCCCGAGCCUGAUGCCCAUCCUCUCCACGCCUCCUGUCAUGGACGGGGAGAACUACCUGCACCCCGAGGGACCGCAGCUGGACAGCACCAUGUACGGCCUGGGCACCACUCCGCUGCUGCACUCUGCCAUGGAGAGCCAGAUGUACCCCUCUAGUUCCUGGGGCUUCUCUCAGCAGACUGCAUAUAACUUGCACUGUCCUAUGCAAUCUGGAAACCAGCAAUACCACUUGAAUACCACUUCAGAUAUGCACAUGGAAAUGUUCAGCCCCUCUUUCCACGAUGUGGACUUCUCCCUCAGCCUCCCCAGGAACGGAGACUUUGCUCAGGACCUCUCCUGCAUUGAUGAGCUUUCCAACCCCUCUCUCUUCUCGCCCACCAACUCGCCCUCCGAGCAUCCUGACCCCGCAGACUUCAUCAACAGCAGCUACACGCCCUCAAUAUGGGACAUCAAUCCACCCGCACAGAGCCAGCCAGGGUCGACUCCCAACAGGUUUCAGGGCUUGAGCUUUGAUGAUAUCUCUGCCAUUAUCAACGCCCCGCCUUUGGGAGGAUUCCAGCCACCCCAGCGGGCCCAGCCACCCCCAGAGGAGGAGGAGGAGGCGGACGAAGAGGAGACGGAAGAGCUCGGACACGUUGACACAUAUGCCGAAUACAAACCAUCCAAAUCCACCAUAGGAAUCUCCCACCCGGACAUCGUCGUGGAGACCAACACCCUGUCCAGCGUGCCCCCUCCCGAUAUCACCUACACUCUGUCCAUUCCUGAAACCACUAUCAGCAGAGGCCUGCUAUCUGCGCUGCAGCUGGAGGCCAUCAUCUAUGCCUGCCAGCAACACGAGGUGAUCCUGCAGAACAACCAGAGGGCGGGCUUUCUGAUCGGGGAUGGAGCCGGCGUGGGGAAGGGCCGCACCGUGGCCGGCAUCAUCUUAGAGAACUACUUAAAGGGAAGAAAGAAAGCAUUAUGGUUCAGUGUUUCCAACGACCUGAAAUAUGACGCUGAGAGAGACCUCAAAGACAUCGAGGCACCCAAUAUCCCUGUGCAUGCCUUAAACAAGAUAAAGUAUGGUGACACAGCUACCUCAGAAGGAGUCCUGUUUGCAACGUACUCCGCGCUGAUUGGAGAGAGCCAGGCGGGCGGGCAGCACCGCACCAGGCUGAAGCAGAUCCUGGACUGGUGCAAACCGGGCUUCGAUGGAGUCAUCGUGUUUGACGAAUGCCACAAAGCCAAAAAUGCCACGUCCACCAAGAUGGGCAAGGCUGUCCUGGACCUGCAGAACAAGCUGCCGCUGGCCCGAGUGGUGUAUGCCAGUGCCACAGGUGCCUCUGAGCCAAAGAACAUGAUCUACAUGAGCCGGCUAGGGAUCUGGGGAGAGGGUACACCCUUCAAGACUUUCGAUGACUUCCUUCACGCCAUCGAGAAGAGGGGUGUGGGCGCCAUGGAGAUCGUGGCAAUGGACAUGAAAGUGAGCGGCAUGUACAUCGCCCGGCAGCUCAGCUUCGCGGGGGUGUCUUUCCGCAUCGAGGAGAUCAGCCUAGACAAUGACUUCAUGCUAGUCUACAACAAAGCGGCCAAACUGUGGGCGGAGGCGCUGGCGACGUUCACCCGAGCGGCGGAUGAGCUGGGCCUGGUCUCCCGGAAGUCGCUGUGGGGCCAGUUCUGGUCCUCCCACCAGCGCUUCUUCAAGUACCUCUGCAUCGCCGCCAAGGUGCGCUGCCUGGUGGAACUGGCGAAGAAGGAGCUGGAGGCGGGCAAGUGCAUCGUGAUUGGGCUGCAGUCAACAGGGGAGGCCCGCACCAGAGAGGUCCUGGACGAGAACGAUGGACACCUUGACAGAUUUGUGUCCGCAGCAGAGGGUGUGUUCCAGUCACUAGUGCAGAAACACUUUCCAUCUGAGAAGCAAAAGCGGGAGAAGGGAGCUGGAAACAAGAGGAAACGUAAACCUAAGGGCCGGCCGCCUAAGUAUCCAAAGCACAGCAUAGAGAUCGGGGGCGUGAUCAACAUCAGCGACGACAGCAGCACAGAGUCCGACGGCCUGGACAGCGACUCCAACUCGUCCCCUGAUUCCCUCCAGGACAACGAUGAUGUCAUCUUCGUCAACCACACUAACUAUCACACUGCAAAAAUAGAAGAAAUGAAGCAAGGUCUUCUGAACAAGAUUUCUGAGCUGGGAAAGGAACUACCUCUGAAUACUCUGGAUGAGCUGAUUGACAAGUUUGGGGGUCCGGAGCGAGUCUCGGAGAUGACAGGGCGGAAGGGGCGAGUGGUGCGGCGGCCGGACGGGAGCGUACGGUACGAGUCCCGCGCGGAGCAGGGCCUCACCAUCGACCACGUCAACAUCAAGGAGAAGGAGCGCUUCAUGAGUGGAGAGAAGCUGGUGGCCAUCAUCUCGGAAGCGGCGAGCUCGGGCAUCUCGCUGCAGGCAGACAAACGGGUGAAGAACCAGCGGCGGAGGGUCCACAUGACCCUGGAGCUGCCCUGGAGCGCAGACCGAGCCAUCCAGCAGUUCGGUCGGACUCACCGCUCCAACCAGGUCACCGCCCCGGAGUACAUCUUCCUCAUCUCGGAGCUGGCAGGGGAGAGGCGCUUCGCCUCCAUCGUAGCCAAGAGGCUGGAGAGCCUGGGGGCUUUGACCCACGGUGACAGAAGGGCCACAGAGUCCAGAGACCUGAGCAAAUACAACUUUGAAAACAAGUAUGGCACCAAGGCUCUGGACAAGAUCACCAAAGCCAUCCUGGGGCACAUUGAGAGCAAGGUGCCCCCUCCCAAAGGGUACCCCGGAGGAGAUGCCGCGUUCUUCAGAGACAUGAAGCGGGGGAUGAUGGAUGUUGGCAUAUUCUGCAAAGAGCCCCGCUUUGGCCUCAGUACUGAAAAAGACUGCACCAUCACCAAGUUCCUGAACCGCAUCCUGGGCCUGGAGGUGCACAAGCAGAACUCGCUCUUCCAGUACUUCACUGACAACUUUGAUUACUUGAUCGAGAAGGACAAGAAAGAGGGGAAAUACGACAUGGGGAUCUUAGACUUGGCUCCAGGCAAUGAUGAGAUCUAUGAGGAAACGCAGGAGAAGUUUCUGACAGCAGGGAACCCUCAGGAUGGCCAGGUGGUGCUAUAUAAGAUCAGUGUGGACCGAGGCAUGCACUGGGACGAGGCUUACAGCAAAUCGCAGACCCUCAGUGGCCCCGAUGAAGGAUUCUAUCUCUCACACAAGCUACGGGGGAACUACCCCUGUGUGCUGCUGGCCGAGCAGGGCCGGGGACGCAACCUCAUCCUCUACAAGCCCAACAUCGGCAAGCAGGCCCACCCAGAGAGCCUAGACAACCUGCAGAGGAGGUACCGCAAGGUCACGCCGGAACAAGCCAAGGACAGCUGGGAGAAUCAGUUCACCUUCUCCUUCAGGAAGUGCAGCCACGCCAACUGGAACGGGAAGUGCAAGCAGAUCGAGGAGGGCCACGAGUGCUGGCAGGGCAUGCGUCUGCGGCAGUACCACAUGCUGUGCGGCGCGCUGCUGCAGGUGUGGAAGCGCGUGUCCGACGUCGUCUCCGACAUCACCAACUCCAGCAUCCUGCAGAUCGUCCGCCUCAAGACCAAGCAGCACAACAAGCAAGUCGGCAUUAAGAUCCCGGAGAACUGUGUGGCGCGCGUGCGGGAGGAGCUGCUGCAGAUGGACGAGGAGGUGAAGCGGCGGCGGCGCGAGCGGGAGCUGCGGGCGCAGGAGAAGCGCCUGGCCGAGGAGCGCGAGCGCCAGCAGGAGCUGCAGCGCAAGCAGCUCUUCAAGUUCUGCGGCCCCCCGUCCCUGGACCUGUCGGGCCUGCCCGGGCUCCCCUCCCACCUGAGCCUGUACCCCGGCCUCAACGCCCUGCCCCCUUUCCCCCUCCUCCAGAAGAACCCCAUAGACGAGAUCCUGGACCUGACCGGCAGCCCCUCGCCCUCCCCCGACAGCAGCGGGGGCAGCCUUUCCUUAGACAGCCUGGCGGGGCCAGCAGGGGGCGCCCAGGAUGAGUUCAGCCUGGAGUCUCUGAUCUCGCAGACGCCGAUGCACAGUCAGCACACGGCGCAGGACAUCCUGGACAUUCUGGACAGCCCCGCCCUGAGCCUGCCCUCGCCGUACCCGCUCCCGGCCCACGCGAUCCCCCCCACCGUGCCUCCCAUCUCCACCAUCCUGUCCUCCUCCGCCCCUUCCUUGUCAUCGUCCUCCUUCUUCCCCUCCGCCCUGGCCCCCUCAGAACAGCAGUCCAGCCCUUUACCCAACGGCCACUGCAGCACGGACUCCUGCAUUAACGUGCGCGAGGUUUUGGACAGCAUGUUGCGGACCAAUUCGGACCGUCAGUCCGUCAUCCAGUCCCGGCCGCCCAACUGGGACACUCCGCACCCCCACUUCCCAUAACCGAUGUGUGCAAACCACCCCACCCCCUGUCCUGCCCCGCCCCUGCCUCAGGGCCAGGUGUCACGUCAGCACUGCCUUUAGUGUGGGUGUCGCUUUGAGUUUCUACUUAGAGUGCAAAUCUAGUUUGUGAAUUCCUUCUUCUCAAAAACAAAGCAAAACAACACUCGCCUAACACCAUUGAUUUCAAUAUGAAUACCCCCUUCGAAAGCAAACAGAAAUAGCACUUCUAUUUGUAAUUUACACAGAAAAAAGAUAUACCUCUCAACAUAGUCACACAGUAAAUGUCAGAGCCGUUUGUCUGUUGCAGCAUUUAGCGCCGUGUGUCAGGCUUUGUUCCCCUUCUGCCUCCAUUACACCUAGCAGUGCUGUGUCUUUAAGGCGUGGCACUGCAUAGGGCCUGCUGUCACAGAGAGAGUAAGAGGCACUGGGGCCCCGAGCUGGAGAUGGAACCAGAGGGAGGCUUGGUAGAGGAUAGCUCCCUUUAGAUACAUAGCCACAUUAAUGUAUCACGCCAGUUAAUCAAACUCAGCUGAUUUUUAUAUUUGUCUUGAUUGAUGGACCUUUGCAGAGUUCUCUAUAAAGUCUAAGGCAAAUGUAGUAUAUAUUUAUAAACAUAUAUUUUCUGAACUUUACCCUAGAAAACUGGUUUGCUCUAACAACUCAAACUUCCCUAAGGUCCACUGGCCCCAGAUGGUUCUCUAAAGCUGAGGGUCUGGUUUCAUGUUAUGUGAAUUUUCAGUCAUUGUCAUUCACACUUCACAGCCUCCACAGGCCUCCACUGCCCCAUCGAAAUGCCAAACUAUCACACCUCAGACAUCGCAGCUUGGGCACGGCUCCUGGCUAUUUGUCAGCUAUUUGCAAAGUUUUGGGUUUAAACGUUUCAUGUGAAAGUGUCUUCAAAUGUUUGCAAUGUUUUGUAGAAACAUAUCUGUUUGUACCUCAGUGUGUUUGCUGGGCCCCUUCGAGACCACAGCACUCCCCUGCUGGCCAAACAUAAUCAGUAGGAGAGUUUUAACAGGGAUCAAGAGCCAUACGUGGUCUUCAAGCGUUCUCGUUGACUUUCAUGUGAAGGCUCCAUGUGAAGCUGUUUCUGUGUCUUUCUCUGCAAUGUGAGAGCUUCAGCCAUUGUCAUUGUGUUGACUAGAACUGGACUAGUUGUAAUUUCUCAGCAAGAACGAGGUCCUGCUGCAUAUGGCAGUUAUAAAGCAGAGAAUGGGGAAGCUAGACCUGUGCACCCACGUAGCCGUGUGACUGGAAGCAUGAACACCAAGACACAGAGAUAAAAUCCACCUGCAGUAUGUAAGGCUUUCUAACACAUGCCUUGAUUGAGCUCCUAGUAUCACACACAUUUCAGCUGAAUCCCCUCCCACUCCACUUCUCUGUGUAGAAACUCUGCACAGUGGGACUGGGCGGUGGCUUCCCCAUGUCUGCUUUCAAGAAGAUGAAUCAGCCUACUGUUAUAACAGUGCCUUCCUUCAGAACAUGCUAAAAAUGCAGUCUUUUAAACACAUAAGGCUGAUGUAUAUAUUUGUAUACACAGCAGUGAUAUCUUACUUAUUAUGAGUUCUAUUUAAGCCCCCAACCCCACUCAGAGUGCUCUGCCAAAAGGAGCUUUCUUGACUUUACAUGAACUUUACAUGAACCCCUCAGACCAAUGCAGCUGAACACCGCGGUGUCUGUAUCCUCAUGUUCCAGAUGAUGCGUGGUCCACGGUCGGGGACGGUCAUCGGAGAUGUGCUGGGUCAUACAAGGCAGAGUGCUUUGUGGCACAUUAUCACACAGUGUGACUCUUCUCUCUCACCUUUGAUUUGAAUUUCCCAAUUCUCAGGAAAGUCUAAAAUGGGUGUUGUUUGUUCCCCUCUGAAUGGUAUUUAAAUUUGAAUACAUUUGUUUAGCCCUCUUUUUGAAUUCAGAAUAUCAGAACCCCUGAGUGGCCCUCACAGCCUUGUGUUCUUGUGACACUCUAAUUUGUUAGUAGGAGCCCAUGCACAGUUGAACUACUCUCUCCUGUUCAACGUCACAAAGAGCAAUAAGGUCAGCAUAUUAAACCACAUGACACAUAAACGUGAAAGUACUGUUUACGCUAAGUAGUUGAAGGUUGGAAGUUUCCUGCUCACAGCAACAUUGGACUUCUCUCCGAUUCCAUUGUUUUAAGGACUAGUUGCACCUGCUGGAAAUUCACACAAAAAUGUAUGGAGAACAUUUAGUUGGUCCUUUAUUUUAGGAUCAUGGCUUGUCCUGUAUUGUUUAAAAAG